UUGUUGGAACCAGUCAGUGUGUGCGAGGUUGGUGAAGGGAGAGGACGCGCCAGGGCGGAGAGGCAGGGCAGUGUAGCCAACAUCCCGCGCCGCCUUGGCCCCUCCCAGCGUGCGGUGCUCGCCCUCCACGCCGGCGGGAGUGCCAUAUACGCGUGUGCGAGUGUGUGUUUACGUGACUGUGUGUGUAGACAAGGAUGUGACAAAGAGGAGCACCAUCCGUGUUUUAAAAGCGGUCCGAGCCCACCACCGCGCCGGAGGGAGGAGGUGGUGGUGGCGGCUCCCUGGCCGCGGGAUGGCCACGCCGCGCCCCGCACACUGUCAGGUGACGGCGGCAGCUGAGACCACACGGACGCCCCUGAUAGCCACACUGAGCGACUGACUCUCGGGGAACACCUUGAGCGGCCCGCGGCUUCUCCGGCGACAACCCAACACACCGCGACGACCUGAGACGACCACCGCGACGACGACGCGUCCAGAAACGACAAUAUAACCUGAGUGACAUUAACAGAGCCCCACCUGAUUGAGGGUUCAGUGACGAAAAAGAAUAAUAUGCUGUAAUUAUAUUUUCUGAAAAAUAUAUUGCUCUCCACCAGUUUUGCGAAGUGGAAGCAUUGGAAACUGAAAAGAUUGUAGCCAUCACACGAAGUCACAGCGAAGUAGUCAGCCCCUGUGCAUCUGAAAGGCCAUGUCAAGACAAGUGGGAGUGCAGUGAACACCCACAGGACAGGCGUAGGUCCGAGGCACGGUAGACACGGGGCGAACCAGGAGCUACGCGCCUCGCCACAGCCAAGGUGCGCUACGAGGCGGUCCCCUGCCCUAGCCACCCCCUUCAUUAUCCUCCUCCUCCUCCUAUAUGCAAGCUCCAGCAGCCGGCCAACGCUCCUCCACUCCGCAGGCGGGACCGGGUUUCUAUGUCCUUUUCCGUGGGCCCCGGUCCGUCGUAUGCAACCGCGGGGGCUUGGACACCUGACCAGGACUCUGUGGUGUCUGGCUUCACCGACGCCAGCCUCUACGCCUCCUUGCAGCGGCACCCUCAGUACUCGCAACAGCCUCAGUAUCAGUACCAACAGCAGCAGCAGCAGCAGCAACAACAGCAGCAGCAACAGCAGUACCAGCAUCCACAAGCCAGACACAAGGCUUCCUUCGUCUCCCUCAGGAACGUCAAUGCACGACCACUGCACAGGAGAGGAAGACGGGUCAGUGAGAUGACGGCGGGAGCGGGUGGUGACGGCGGCAUGGGAGGGGAGGUGAUUGAGGUGCAGAUCCUCCCACAGGAUGACAAUUGGGGCGACAACACCACCGCCAUCACCGGGAAUACCUCGGUCCGCUCUGAAUCCUUUCAGGACGUGACCAUCAUCGGCCGAGACCAGGAGACCGGCGUGACCUUCACCUGCCAGCGCUAUGCCGGGUCGGCCCUGUGCGCCCUGGUGGCCUUCUUUGCCUUCCUCAGCCCCAUCGCAAUGGUGCUGAUCCCUCGCUUCAAUGUGAUCCAGCUGAAGAGUGAGCAUCUCAAGUGUGACUCGGAGUGCGAUGGUCUCCUCAUCAGCUUCUCCUUCAAGCUCCUCAUUCUGCUACUGGGUUCAUGGGCGCUCUUCUUCAGACAACCCAAAGCCACCAUGCCCAGAAUCUUCAUAUUCCGGGCUCUGGUGACGAUGCUCAUAUUUGUGUUCACCUUCUCCUACUGGUUGUUCUAUGUUGUGCGCAUCCUGGAGAACCGUGACGAGGUGCGGUACCGGUCCAUUGUGUACUUUGCGGUGAGCCUGGUGGAUGCGUUACUCUUCAUUCAUUACCUGGCUGUGAUCCUGCUGGAGCUGCGCCAUCUCACCCCCCAGUACAUGAUAAAGGUCCUUCGCUCUCCAGAUGGAGAAAGCAGGUGGUACAACAUUGGACAGCUGAGUGUCCAGAGAGCUGCCGCCUGGGUGCUGGAAAAAUAUUAUCAGGACUUCCCCAUUUACAAUCCAUACCUAGACCGCCUCCCAUCCAAGAAGAAACCUCACCCUACGAACUCCUCUUUCAAAUAUUACGAUGUGGACGGCAACGAGGAAAAUGUUGAGGGCCACACCCGAGCGGUGCUGACAGCCAGUGCGCGGCGCAGGGACUCUGCUCACAACGAGAGAUUUUAUGAAGAACAUGAAUAUGAGCGGCGGGUGAGGAAGCGAAAAGCAAGACUCAUUACAGCAGCUGAGGAAGCAUUCACCCACAUCAAGCGCAUGCAUGAUGAUCAAGGUCAAAGCACACCAAUGAACCCUCACGAGGCAGCCCAAUCCAUCUUUCCCUCUCUGGCCCGAGCGUUGCAGAAGUACUUGCGCAUCACCCGUCAGCAGCCACGCCACACCAUGGACUCCAUCCUGAGCCACCUGGCACUUUGCCUCGCCCAUGACAUGAGUCCACGAGCCUUCCUGGAAAAGUACCUUGUCUCCUCGCCUGUCAUGCAGAAUGACAAGGAGCACCGGGGAGUACAGUCUUGGGGACUAGUGUGUGAUCAGCUGCUGUCACGCCCCAUCAACAGUGGCACUGUUUUCCAGCUGAGGCAAGCUGAUGUGUGUCUCUUGUGCACUAUCUCUCGCAUACCCCACUUCUCAAUAGCAGAAGAAAUCAUCCAUCCAAAGAGCAAUAAAUUUGUCCUGCGGCUGAACUCAGAGACCAGUGUAUAAGAGUGGUUCUGUGUGAAUGUGUGAUUUGAAGUGGAUCCCAAAUUCAGUGUCAUAUUUUGGUUAAAAAGUAAUUCAGAAAUAUAAUGUGGACAAAAUUCUCAUCAUUAACUCUGACUAUUGUAUGUGUGUGUGUGUUACCACAGUGAGUUAUGCCAAAGUACAUAAAUGGUUUAUGCUUUACCUGAGUAAGUGCAGCCACACAUGGGCACUGCUGUAAGAACUCUUUGUGAGUGGUUUGAUGUGGAUGGUGGAAGAAUCUCUGUGACCAAAAUUUUACUUGUACUCUUUAAUAUAUCUGCAGUCACAUUAGUACAGGAUGCCCCAGAAAGUGUGCAUAUUAUGCAAAGCCUUGUCUUCGUGAAUGUGUCGAAGGGGCUAGCCCUAGUGCCCCACAGUAAAGGUGUGGGCAGUACAUGGAGCCUUAUUGCUUGGUUACGGCUGUGUUCAAGUGAUCAGUGUUGCCUCGGUAAACUAAACCAAUUUUCAUAUUUAAGUAAUAUAUACAUAUGUGCAUACAGUACCUUGUGUACUUCUUAUGUAGUGUCACUUUUUUUUUGUCAAACUCCCAGUAUUGUCCUGAGGCUGGGCAACGGUUUUGACUCUGACCUUAUUAAUACAUAAGCUCAAAGUGUGUCCGUUUAGGUAAUGAGAGGAGAGCAGAAAGUAAGUUCACCACUUUCUAGUCGUUUUCACUGGGGAUUUGUGUUGUGUGUGAAGUACUUUGUGUUGUCAAUGUAAAGAAGGUUGUAUGGCAAUUUGUAAAAGGCCUUAAUAGUAGAGUUCUUUUAAUAUAUGACUAUGUAUAUUAGCUAUUUCUUGAUGUGUCUUAAAACAGCUACUUCCAGUAAUUGGAGCAGCCGUUAAGGAAUGCUCCUAAACCACCAUCACCCCCCAUACAGCUCCUCACACUCAGCUGCUGCUGGUUUGCUAGCUGUCCUCUUCAUCACCUCACUUUUGUCCUCCCUUUUAUCCCUUGUCCCACCAAUCCCCACCUUUUGUCCCUCCCAUCUCCACCUCCAUGGGCCUUGUCCCUUGUCCUUCGGUCCACUGCAGUGGCCUCAGCUCACUGUGCUGGCCUCUUGCUCACCCUGCCUUUGGAAGGCCUCAUAUGACCUGUAACUGUACUGUGCAAAAGAAAGUGAUUAAUAACUUCCAUUUAUUUUAUGUGUUAUAUGCAAUCUGUAAGUCAGUGUAGCAAGUAUUUUAAUAUGAUGGUUUCUUAUAUGUAUUUAGCUUUUUAAAUUAUUGUUUUGGCUUUGUGAAUCAUCUGUGAACCCCAUCUUGAGAGAAAGAAGUGAUGUGACUCAAUUUUGGGAUAUUUGAUCUGAAGGCUAAUUACCAUCAAGACAAAGCUUCAUCUAGGAAACUUCAAAUAACUUCAUACAGAUCACUAACAUCAUGUACAAACAACAGCUAUUGGUUGAAAUAAUAUGUGCAGCUAUUAUUUACCUUGUGUCUCUAAUAGCAUGCACGACAGAAAGCAUCUCAUGUUUCCAUAUUACUGUAUAGUAUGUGUGAUAGAUAAAGCUGCCCAUUCAAGCUGAUCUGCCACAGUACAGCAUAAGAUUUAUAUGUGAGUGCAAUAACCUUAUUUGUGCCCAGCCAAAGGAUUUUUUUGUCUUGUAUAUAUGUAUGUAAAUAUUAAUGUUGUUAUUUUUUUAGCUCAAACAUUAGUUUGCUAUUUAUUUUUAAUUGUGUCUAUAUAAGAGAAAGGCAUCACCCCAGAGGCUCACUGAGAAUGCUGUUCCACUGCUGACCUCUUGGGGCUCCUGGUUCAGGAGAGGAAGCACCUCAGGCUCAGUCCUGGAAAAAAAUACUCAAGAAAACCUUUAUAUACACUAUAUAAAGCUAUUGAAAUGUAUCUCUGUACCUGUAAGUGUGACUCCAAGUUUGUUAAGGGAUUUCUGUGGUGAGUGUCUCUGUGUCACUUACAUGCCCAAGUGUGGUUCCUCCCACUUUAAGCAUCACUCAGGCCUUGCUUUCAAUUGCCUGCCUCUGAACAUGGUAAUAUUUAACAUGAGGCUGAGAAGAGCAAACAAUAAGGAAAUUUGUCAUCAUAAACGGAGUCAAAAGCUGGGUCCCAUUCCAGAGCUUGCCAUUACUUACAGUAAGGUCGUGAGUUGUCAGGAAGAUGGUGGGCAUGGGCAAGAGCUGUGGAGGUAAUGGUGUGUCUUCAGGCUCCAUGAAGGGAAUACUGUAUCAUGUCCUCAAAACUUAAUUCAGUAAUUGUGAUAAUAUUCAUAACAAACUUUUUUAUUAUUAUCAUUAUACAAAAUCCACUUUCCCUCGGCUUCCAUAGACUUCACUGGCCACUUCUUCAGAACAGCUUCCAUGGUCACCUUUUAAUUGUACAAAUUAUUGUUAUGUAUGUUUUGCACCAAGAGUGAGUCUGACCCAUUGGCUCCUCCCAGCCCAGCCACCAGCCAACCCUUGCAACUCCCUCAUUGGUUGGCCUGUUGUUUUCUUGGGCAUAUCAAGAUGUAAAAUAGAAUAGUUCUACAUGCUGUUUAUAAUCAGUAAUAAAAAGGACUGCCAAUUGA